AUGGGUUUCUCUGGCGCUGUGCAAUGGUGGGAUGACUGGCACCUGCGCAUUCUGGUGCUGGGCAGCCUCUUCAUCCAGUACUUCCUCUUCUUCUCCUCCUUGCUGCGGAGGCGUGCUCUUCCAGCUUGGUUCAGACUCUUCAUGUGGCUUGCCUAUCUAGGCGGCGAUGCUCUGGCGAUAUAUUCGCUGGCCACCCUCUUCAACCGCCACAGGCAGCCGCCCGGCGAUGGGAGCGGGAGCGGCCUGGAGGUCGUAUGGGCGCCUGUCCUCCUCAUCCACCUCGGCGGCCAGCACACCAUGACUGCCUACAGCAUCCAAGACAACGAGCUGUGGGUGCGGCAUGCCAUAACCGUGGCAUCCCAGAUCACGGUCGCCCUCUACGUCUUCUGCAAGUCGUGGUCCGGCGACAAGAAGUUGCUGCAGGCCGCAAUCUUGAUGUUUGUCGUUGGGAUCAUCAGAUCCUGCCAGAAGCCAUGGGCUCUCCAGAGCGCCAGUAUCAGUGCCAUGGUUGCCUAUUUGUCUCCAUCCGCGCUAAGGAAACAAGGUAUGGUUGCACGUUUUUGGCAGGUCUGCACUUCCGGAUACAGCUAUGGAUCUAAGUCAAGUGGAUUACCAGAAGCAGCAGCCGAAGAGAAGGACAUUUAUCUUCAAGAUUUUGCACAAGAAGCAAGAAAGUGUGUGCUGGAGUCAGAGUUAGCCCAUGAUCAAGACGCAACGGUAAAACUAGCUCAACACUGCUUGGUGGACAAGUAUGUCUACAGGCUACUUGCAGACAUACCAGUUCCAUACUCUAGUCGGAUUAAAAUCUUACGGGAAUUCAUUGCCCUUGAUUUCCAACAUGCACAUCACAUAUUGGAUAUCAUGCUCCUUUCCUCAUUUGAGCAUUUCUACACAAGAAAGACGAUGCUAAAUAGUGGCCUUGGCUUAUGUUCGUAUUUGUUGCUCCCAUUCCUAGCCUUAGCUUCUGUCAUCCUCUUCUCCUUAGGCCACAAAUACUACCAUGACUACAAUGCAACAGAUGUCAAGGUAACUUACAUCUUGUUCUGUUGUACGACGUUGCUAGAAUUCAUAAUUCUCUUGCUCGAUCCUUUCAUCAGAUUCACAGAAUCUGUCAAGGUUUCCCAACAUAGCCUCAUAUCGUGUGGUUAUCGCGCCAAGCGGCCAACUGUUUUGAUGAAGCUUGCCACACUUGUCUCCUGCAAGGACUAUGUUAACAUGCAUUGUUAUAUAGAACAAGCACCACCGGGAUGCUCUGCCCUAAUUUUGCAGCUUGUUCAUGGAUAUGUGAGGGAUGGGUGGAAAGAGUACAUCCACAAUGCUGCUAGUUUCAGGAACUUCAAUGGCCGCAAGGGCCACUGGACUCUGAGGAAGAGGAGCCUUCCUCACUUGAGGUGGAGCUUGAACAUGGCGUUCGAUAGAAGCGUCCUGCUCUGGCACAUCACCACGGACCUCCUCUCUGAUUGUGACACCACAGCAGAUCACAUUCCAGAAUGCGCCAUUGGGGGUGUGGUGAUAUCACGCUACAUGGCUUACUUGCUCUGCAUCCAUCCUGAGAUGUUGAUGCCUGGGACUAGGAACAGUAUCUUCACCCAUGCCUGCCAUAAUGUCGAGCUGAUACUGGGCCACAAGUUACCCUUUGGAAAUCUUGUCCACAAUGCAGUAAGACUUCAGAAAGAGUUGUUGGAGCUGCAGGACGAAGGGGAGAGGUGGGAGGUCGUCCAGGGGGUAUGGGUGGAGAUGCUAUGCUACUCUGCCAGUAAGUGCAGGGGAUACUUGCACGCCCAAAAACUGAGCGAUAGUGUGGAACUCUUGUCCCGUGUCUGGCUACUCUUGUCAAACAUGGGGAUGGAGACAUUCGCAGACAGGUUUCAGAAGCCGUGGCAUGUCAACAUCAGAAAAGAAGCACCUGAUGAUGAUAAAGAAGAAGAAGGCCAUGAAGUUAGUGCCGACAGAGAUGCCGACAACGAGAUUAACAUAUCUGUUGUCUAAGUUAUCUUUCCAAUAUUCACUUAGUUUUCGAUAAUGUUAGUUCUUCCUAGUCGUAAUGCGUUAUGUGUCAUUUUUUUCCAUGUAUAUGGUCAAUCGACCACUUUGUGGGUAUAUUAUGAAUAACACAGCUAAUC